CGCCGGGCGAGCUCCAUGUCCGCGCUGCGGGCGGUGCUGGGGUUCGGGCUGCUGGCCGCGGGCUCGCAGCUGCGGCGCGUCCCGGGCCAGGCGGGCGCCUGCCGCGCGGGGCCCGCGUGGUGGGGGACGCGGCGGCCGCACUCGGGCGGCCCCGGGGAGCCGGCGGGCAUGGCGAGCCCGGCAGUGAAGUACCUGAGCCAGGAGGAGGCCCAGGCCGUGGACGAGGAGCUGUUUAACGAGUACCAGUUCAGCGUGGAUCAACUAAUGGAGCUGGCUGGGCUGAGCUGCGCCACAGCCAUUGCCAAGGCCUAUCCCCCCACGUCCAUGUCCCGGAGCCCCCCCGCGGUCCUGGUCAUCUGCGGGCCCGGGAAUAACGGAGGAGACGGCCUGGUGUGUGCGCGGCACCUCAAACUCUUCGGCUACCAGCCAACCAUUUAUUAUCCCAAAAGGCCGAACAAGCCACUCUUCACCGCACUGGUGACCCAGUGUCAGAAAAUGGACAUCCCUUUCCUUGGUGAAAUGCCCCCCGAGCCCAUGCUGAUCGACGAACUGUACGAGCUGGUCGUGGAUGCCAUCUUUGGCUUCAGCUUCAAAGGCGAUGUUCGGGAGCCGUUCCGUGGCAUCCUGGGUGUCCUGAAUGGGCUCACCGUGCCCAUUGCGAGCAUCGACAUUCCCUCAGGAUGGGAUGUGGAGAAGGGGAACUCUGAAGGGAUCCAGCCAGACUUGCUCAUCUCCCUGACAGCACCCAAAAAGUCUGCCACCCAGUUCACUGGUCGCUACCACUACCUAGGAGGUCGUUUUGUGCCACCUGCUCUGGAACAGAAGUACCAGCUGAAUCUGCCGCCCUACCCGGACACUGAGUGUGUCUACCGUCUGCAGUGAGGGAAGACGGGUGGGCUUUCCUCCCAAUAAAGACUUAGUGCUCCUCCCCCAA